AGUUAUAUUAUCUGUGACUCAUGCACAGCUGCUUUUGACAAUUUAAAAUUUGAUUGUUUACAUUUUCCCAAAUUGUUUUUUAAAAUUAUUGUGCAAGAUCUUCUAAAUUUUUCGUAUUGAUCUAAUAUGUUUCCACGACUAAAUAGGAACAUUUUAGGGAGGCUCCUUCCGAACCUCAUGUCUCAGACGAUACGUUCGCUUGCCAUCAAUGAGAAAGUCCAGGGCAGCGACUACGUCCUCAGGAUUGCCGUGGACCCGUUCACGGAGAGUGACUGUAAAGUCAAGGUGGAACAGGGUGGCGUCAGAGUCGUGGCGAAGAGGGGAGAGAAGACAGGGAUAAACGACUGGAGCCACGAAAUGGAUAUCGUGUUCCCUCUGCCCCCUGGAGUUGGACAAAACACAGUCCAGACCAAGUUUGAACAAGGAGCUAUUUUUGUUACUGGAGUAACUAAAUAAUAUUUUUUCAUCCAUAGCGUCAAUAGACCUGUAUUAUUUGUACUCCUACCUUAGUAAAAAAUCUAUUUUUCAAGACUA